AUGAACGGCAUGCGCGGCUCGUCGAGGCCAGCCCAGACACCAUUCACCCCCCUGGGCACCGGCACCCCUGUCCACUACCGUAAGACCCUCUGGGGCCAGACCCGCGCCAUGUUCCUUCGAGAGGUCCAUCAGCAGAAGAGACAACGCAAGACCAUUGCCCUCCACCUGGGCUUCCCGCUUGUAGUGGCACUCGGCCUCAUCGUGGUCCACAUCGUCCUGCUCGCCUCGCUCGAUGCCAAUGAGUGCACCCCCUCGCCGUCGCCUGUUCCCUUCCCGGCGCCAGGCUCGGUGGCAUGUGCAUGGGCGCCGGACGAGACAAACUGCUCGGCGGCGUGGGAGUUUAUGGUUUGGACCGAUGCCUUUGGCGGGCGUCAGGCGACAGAGGCCACUACGUUGAUGACCCGUGACAUUGCCCGUUUUCCCUAUGCAGGCACCAACCUCUCCGGCGUGGUGGUCGAUGGCGUCCCACUUGGUGAUGGCUACUCGCCGCAUCUGGUCCAUUACGACUCGUUUGACUCGGCCGUCACCUACAUCCAUACUCUCAGCUCGCGCUACUUUGUCACGUCCGAGGCCGGCACCUCAGAUCCGCUCCUCGAGUACACUGUGCCCACCAGCGCCCUCUACUUUUCGGCCCUCUCGGAGAUGUACGGCACUGCCUUUGUCUUGCAGUCGCCUGACCUCGCCGCCAACGGGCUGUACUAUCCGGAACGGUUCAAGCUGCUCUAUGCUCGGCAUCGCGCCAUGAAUCAGGUGUCCAAUGCAUUGCUCUCGUACCUGACGCCGGUACCGCCACCUCCGCCAUCGCCGCCACCGGCGCCGCCUACCAACGCCACGUCUCCGCCGUCGCCGCCGCCGCCGCCGGCACCUGUCCUUCCACCUCCACCACCUCCGCCGCCGGUAGCGUAUGCCGGGCUGAAGGGCGUGGACGAAUUUCCACAGGUUUGCUAUCCGGGAUCGGGCGCAAACAUUGUGUCAGCCAUCAUCUUCCUGUUUGUACUCCCGUUCUCGGCGUCGUUCCUCAUGCCGGUGGUGCUGCAGGGCAUGGUUCGCGAGAAGCAGGACAAGCACAUCGAAGUGCAGAAGAUGGCUGGCCUACGGAUGUCGGUCUUCUGGCUAGUCAACUACUCGUUCGACCUCUUUAUGUAUUGCACCAUCGUAGCGUUGAUGCUCGCGAUUCUGGCUGCAGGCCAGCUGGAAGUGCUUAUUAUGACUAACGCGCUUGUGACCAUUGUGGUCUUCUUUGUUUGGGGCCAUGCUCUCGUCUGUCUCACAUACUUUUUCUCAGUCUUUUUCUCGUCGGCCCUCUCUGCGGCCAUCUUUGGCUACGUGGUCCAGCUGUUGUCGAUGGGCAUUGCGGCUACGCUCAACGUCACGGUCUACUCGGACGUCAAGAUCCAACCAACGGUCCUUUACUCGGUCUAUCCGCCGUUUGCCUUUUUCCGCGCCAUCUAUCUCAUUGUGGUCUCGUUUGCACUUGAUUCCCCGCUUUCGAUCACGGCGCUUGCUUGGGGAACGCCACUCUCGCGCGAAAUCAUGUUCAUGGUUGUGGUGUCACUCGUUCUUCUGGUUCUCACGGUCUACCUGGAGGCGGUGCUGCCGAAAAAGUAUGGCGUCCCAGCCUCACCGUUUUUCCCCAUCAUCGCCGCCUACGACUGGCUCUGCAAGUGCUGGCACACUCCGAGCCUGACCGGCAUUCGUCUGCAUCACGGUUGGGCGCAUACUGCCCUCUUCACUACCGAUUCGAGCGAGAACAUACCGCCGACGCUCAACGGGCCGAGCAUGCUCGAAACGGUGAGCGGCGGAAGAAGCCAGACAUCGCCGUCGCCGUGGGUCCUUGUCGAUCCGACCGAGGCUGACGACGUGGCCGCGGAGCGGCAGACGGUGUACCAAGUCAGCGACGCCGAGGCACUCUCGCGCUCGGCUAAUGUGGUUAUUCGCGAUCUCGACAAGCGUUACAUCGGGCUCGACGGCUCGAAGCGGCGGGUGCUCCGCUCGCUCUGCCUCAAGGUUGGCGACGGCGAGUGCUUGGCGCUGCUUGGGCCCAACGGGUCAGGCAAGUCGACACUGGUCAACAUCCUGUGUGGGCUGGUGCGGCCGUCUGGCGGUGAUGCGCUCGUGGGUGGCCUCUCGAUCCGGACUCAGAUGGCACGGAUCCAUCCGAUGAUUGGCGUCUGUCCACAGGCCGACGUGCUGUGGCCGGACCUCUCCGUCCGUGACCACCUGCUGUACUUUGCACGGCUGAAGGGCAUUCCGCGGACGCAGGAGCGCGGACAUGUGGACGACAUUCUGCAGCAAAUGGGGCUCAAGACGUGUGAGCUCAAGUGGGCAUCUGUCAUUUCGGCCGGCAUGCGGCGGCGUCUCUCUAUUGCGAUUGCCCUCAUCGGCUCGCCGCGGCUGCUGGUGCUCGACGAGCCGACGACCGGGCUGGACGUCAUGGCGCGGCGGAUGAUCUGGGACAUUCUACUGCGGGCGCGCGAGGGGCGGUCGAUCCUGCUCACCACGCACUCGAUGGAGGAGGCGCGGGUGCUCGCGUCGCGGAUUGCCAUUGUCAUCUCGGGUUCGCUGCGGUGCAUUGGGACGCACGAGGAGCUCAAAGCACGGUUCGGGUCCGAGUACCGGCUGGAGGUGGCGCUUGCGGGGGGCCACCAGCACGUGGCGCGGAUGCAAGCGUUUAUCGAGAGCGUGGCGCCGUCUGCGCGGAUGUGGUCUUCGUUUGGCUCGCACUACACCUGGCUGGUACCCAAGGACGAGAUGGUGCUCUCACGGGUGUUUAUGGCAAUGGAGCGGCAUGCGUCUCAGGCCGGCAUCAAGGACUGGUCGCUGGCGCUUGCAUCGCUGGAAGAGGUAUUUUUCUCGAUUGUGCGCGAGACGCUGCGGGAGCAGGGCGCCGUGUAGUUGCGCUAGCGCGUGUACUUUACUCUUUGCGGAGGCGGCGCAGCUUGCGCGGGCGGCCAAACUCGGGCUCACCGGGCUCGCCAGAUUGUGCCUGUGCCGGCGGAGCAGUAUCCAUGGGCGCGGGCGCAGGGCGCGACGGCGACGAACUUGGGUCGACCGAGCCCGCUGACGUCGCUGCCGACGAUGUGGAGCGCGGGCGCGGGCGCGGACGCGAGCGUGGGCGCGGGCGGGCGGACGGGAAGCGCGACGGGGUCUCGGAGGAGCGGGCGGACGCAGCCGAGGCGCGUGAGCCUGCGCCUGUGGACGAGGUGCGCGGGCGGAACUUGCGCUGGGCGCGCGCUGUGGAGAGGCCGCCUGUUGGCGGGACGGACGACGCCUCUGAUGAGGCGCGGGCCGGAGUAGUGGACGAGCGGGUUGCCUCGCGGGUGGAGGAGCGGCGGGCGGAGAGCUCGGGCUCUGUGAGCAUGGCGUAGUGGUCCAUGGUGGCGAUAAAGAAGGAGCGGAUAGA